AUGCCGCGUUCAAGCCUGUCAGCAGAGAGCGACAACCAAAGCUUGCUUUCACAGAACAGCGUUGAAUCCGGAAUUGGGGAAAAGGCGCAGCAAGAUGUGACCUACGGAUACUGCUUGCGCAGGUUUACACCAUCCCUUGAUACAAAACAACUAGUUGUCGUAGCCAUCGCAACCAUCAUCGCCGCCUUGGCUCUGGCAACACUUGCUCUGGAAGCUCUCGCUCUGCGAUUGGGGCCUUCAUCUGACGGCGGCUCCAUUAACCGCUGCGGAUCAAACACGGAAGAAGCUCUAGCUCUGGGCUGCAAGUUUGACGCCAUCAACUACUCAUGGCAGCCGCCCGAGUGCUUCCAUGAAAAGGUCUACAAGCGUUAUUGGGACUUGACACGCGCGCAGGGAGCGCUCAAGUGGUACGCCGACUCGAACUUCACAAAGGAGCUGCCGCAAGACAUUGAGCUCCUCAUGCAUACGCCACAUGUGUGGUCGGAACAUCGGCUUCAUGUCGUGCAUUGCCUGUACGACUGGGAGCUGAUGCAUUACGCACUGUCAAUGAACAAGCCAGUGCCAGAGUUCAUCUCGCGCCUCAACCAUACCGUGCAUUGUGCGGAUACAGCCCUGGACCAACAUUACAGAAUCAAGGAUACAGUUAUCAAGGCUUCACAUAAUAGAUGCGUCAUGUUGGCACAGGUGAAAGUUGAUUAG